AUGGAUUCAGCGAGCGAAGCAAUGACGAUCGAACCGGAAGAGCACCGCUUAACCGAAUGGCGUCUGCAUCGCGGCCCUUACCUCGGUGACAUCUCAGCUCUCUGUUUUCUCCACCUUCCCAAUCACCCUCUCCCUCUUCUACUAGCCGGUUUAGGUUCGGAAAUUCUGUUGUACGAGUUAGAAUUUGGGAAGAUAAUGAAAUCCUAUUCGGUUUUCGAUGGGGUUCGUGUGCACGGGAUUAGUUCUAGUGCGGAAUCUGUAAUUGCGGUGUUUGGAGAAAAGAGAGUUAAAUUAUUUAGCUUCUCAUUUGAAAAUGGUGAUACUGGGAGUUCAGAGUUAAGGUUGAUUCAUUUGUUGCCGAAAUUUAGUCACUGGAUUUUGGAUGUUUGCUUCCUCAGGGGCUGUUUACCAUGUUCGAAUGUGGAGAGCCACUUUCUUGCUAUAGGAUGUAGCGACAAUUCAGUUCAAAUAUGGGACAUUUCUAACUCUCAUACGGUUCUCAAGGUUCAAUCACCAGUACGAUGCCUUUUGUAUUCAAUGCGAUUAUGGGGUCACAAUCUUGAAGUUCUCCGUAUUGCAUCCGGUACAAUAUUUAAUGAGAUUGUUGUUUGGAAAGUGGCCUCUCAAUAUGAUAAAUCUUCAACAACUCGAGAAGACCAUGAGCACCGAGGCUCCAAUUGCAGCCCACCAAAAGAUAAUCUGUACGAGGCUGUUCACGUGUGUAAACUUGUUGGACAUGAAGGUUCAAUUUUCCGAAUAGCAUGGUCGUGCUGUGGAUCUAAACUGCUAUCUGUUUCUGACGACCGUAGCGCACGUGUCUGGACAAUUCCUAUUGAAAAGGAAGAUUCAUCGUACCAUGACCCCAUUGCCCUUGUCUUAUUUGGACAUAAUGCUAGAGUUUGGGACUGCUGUAUUUCUGAUCAUUUUAUUGUCACUGUCAGUGAGGAUUGUACAUGUCGUAUAUGGGGAAUUGAUGGUGAACAGCUGCAAGUCAUUAGGGAGCACAUAGGAAGGGGUAUAUGGAGAUGUUUGUAUGAUCCAAAUUUGUCACUUCUUAUAACUGCCGGGUUUGAUUCUGCUAUCAAGGUGCAUCGGCCUCAUGCUUUUCUGUCCAGGGGCUUGGCUGAAGCACAAUUGUCCCACGGAAGAACAGAUAUGUUUUCCAUUUGCAUCCCUAAUGGGCUGGAGCAUAUUGGAUUGACGGACAGCAAGAGUGAAUACGUUCGUUGUUUGCGUUUUUCCUCUCAGGAUUCUCUUUAUGUUGCUACCAAUCAUGGUUAUCUCUACCAUGCUAAAUUAUGUGAAACUGGAGGAGCUCAUUGGAAUCAGCUUGUCCAGGUCAGCAACGGGGCUCCAGUUAUCUGCAUGGAUUUAUUGUCCAAGGACUCGUUUGAACUUGGAUGUGGUGAUAAAGAUUGGAUUGCCAUUGGAGAUGGUAAAGGAAAUAUGACAGUUAUUGGAGUUACUAACAAUGACUCUACUCCUACAGUUAGAUUGAGCUAUACAUGGCAAGCUGAAAUGGAGAGACAGCUUUUGGGUACUUAUUGGUGUAAAUCUUUGGGAUGUAGGUAUGUCUUUACAGCCGACCCUAGAGGAAAAUUGAAACUCUGGAGGUUGCCCGACCCUUCACAAUCUAAUAGUCAGAGCUCCAUAAGGGAUAACAUUGUGUCGCAUGCAGCAGAGUUCAUAUCAAGUUACGGAAUGCGGAUCAUGUGUUUGGAUGCAUGCUUGGAGGAUGAGGUCCUAGCAUGUGGAGAUCUACGUGGUAAUAUGCUUUUGUUUCCUUUGCUAAAAAAGCUGGUGCUGAGCACAUCUGUUGCACAAGAGAUGAAAAUACCCCCAGUAAAUCAUUUUAAAGGUGUUCAUGGGAUUUCAAGUGUCUCCAGUGUUGUUGUAACUAAGCUUGGUUACAAUCAAAUUGAGAUACGCUCGACUGGUGCAGAUGGUUGUGUAUGCUACCUGGAAUAUGAUAGAGAAAUGCAGAAUUUGCAAUUUACAGGGAUGAAGCAAGUGAAAGAGUUGACUUUGAUUGAGCAUGUUUCUGUUGAUAACAUGUCGGAAGAUACGUCGUCAAGAAGCUAUGCAGCAGGUUUUGCAUCUGUAGAUUUCAUAAUAUGGAACUUAGUCAAUGAGAACAAGGUGGUGAAAAUUCCAUGUGGUGGCUGGCGGCGUCCUCAUUCUUAUUUUCUAGGUGAUGUACCAGAGAUGAAGAACUGUUUUGCCUUUGUUAAGGAUGAAAUGAUAUAUAUACAUAGACACUGGAUUAAUGAUAACAAUGGGAAGAUAUACCCUUUGAGUUUGCAUAUGCAAUUCCAUGGGAGGGAGAUACAUUCAUUGUGCUUUAUACAUGGAGAUAUGCUCCUGGGAGAUUGUUAUAAGCAUGCAUUAUUUUCUAAAUCAAGUUGGAUUGCAACUGGAUGUGAAGAUGGGACUGUGAGACUGACUUGGUACUCUCCAGGUAUUGAGAAUUGGUCCACAUCAAAAUUGCUUGGUGAGCAUGUUGGUGGAUCAGCUGUAAGGUCAAUUUGUUGCGUCUCAAAACUACACAUCAUUCCAUCAGCUACAACCACUGUACCUGAUGACAGGAGCAAACUAAAUGUUGCUGAUGUGGACAAAGAUAAUCCAACCUUACUGAUAUCAGAUUCAAAAGAAGUUGAUGAUCGAUUUUUGUCAAGUUUGUCUUCUUCAAUGACGUUCCAGUGGCUUUCCACUGACAUGCCAACCAAAUAUUCAACUACACACAGAUAUGCAGAAAAUAAUGCCGGGAAAGUAGAUGUUGCUGAAAAUGGUUCAAAUAUAAAAAUUGAUGCUGAACCUAGAAUGGUGAACUUGGUCAGAGAUAAACAUGAGGAUGACUGGAGAUAUCUUGCAGUCACUGCUUUUCUUGUUAAAUGUGCUGGUUCCAGGAUAUCUGUCUGUUUUGUUGUUGUUGCUUGUUCGGAUGCUACAAUUAUGUUACGGGCUUUAAUUUUGCCCUUUCGCUUAUGGUUUGACAUUGCAUUACUUGUUCCUUUAUUGGCACCUGUUUUGUCAUUGCAGCAUAUCAUCUUUCCCACUCGUACCCGUCAUAAAGAUAGCAUCCAAGUUGGAAAUGCUUACAUUGUGAUUAGUGGAUCUACUGAUGGGUGUGUUACAUUUUGGGACCUGACUGACAGUGUGGAAGCUUUUAUGCAGCGAGUUUCGGUUUGUGAUGUAGAGAAGCUUUUUGAUUGUCAGAAACGACCGCGCACAGGUAGAGGAAGUCAGGGGGGCAGACAGUGGAGAUUUUUCAGCCGUGGGUUAUCAAAGAAAAGACAAGAUAACAAUCUGGUGACUUCAAAACCCAAAAACAAGGACGGAAGCAUCAAUUCUACCACACAUGAGACCUCUUCAGUGCCAAAUAAAUCUGAAGACAGCAAUAUGGUUUGUUCUCAAGCCAUGCACACAGCUUCCCCCGAGUUAGAAAAUAAGGCUGAUAAUUCGUCAGCAGAAAUAUGUGAAAUACAGCCUCUACACAUUUUGAAAAACGUUCACCAGUCUGGUGUCAACUGUCUCCAUGUAUCAGAGAUAAAAGGUGGCCCAAAUAAUGAUAUAACACAUUUGGCCACUGAACCGGACUAUGUUAAGGACUUUCAAAAUCAGAGUAGAAGCUACGAGAUCAGAUUCUUAAAUUCUGAAAAUUUUCCUUCUGCCCACAGCUCUUCUGUGAAAGGUGUCUGGACAGAUGGAUCCUGGGUGUUUUCAACUGGACUUGAUCAGCGGGUCAGAUGCUGGCAUCUUCACCAGAGUAAACUAAUAGAACGUGCACACCUAAUAGUCAGUGUGCCGGAGCCAGAAGCAUUAUCUGCUAGGGCUUGUAGCAGGAACCAUUAUCAGAUCGCUGUUGCUGGAAGAGGGAUGCAAAUAGUGGACUUCUCAGGAUGCUAA